CCAAAAAUGUUAGAGGUAGACGUAGAGAGAACACAUUUGCUACAAGUAAGUAUUUAUCAACAAUCUGACUGUGAUGUGUUUUUCCUUCAGCUGUUUCUAGUCCUUGCUGUGCUGCUCCCGGCAGCUGUGAACUCCCUGAUGUUCCAGCCCCUGGACUGUGCCGAUAUCUACAAUGACGGCAAUGGCAGAAGUGGUGUCUACAGGAUCUUUCCAGAGGGCCCCAACUCUGGACGCUAUGUCUACUGUGACAUGGACACAGAUGGAGGAAAAUGGACAGUGUUCCAGAGGAGAAUGGAUGGCACAGUGAACUUCUACAGGGGAUGGCAGGAAUACAAGAAUGGCUUUGGACAUGCAGCUGGAGAGUAUUGGUUGGGCCUUGAGACUAUCCACCUGCUGAAUCUGAAGAAGAAAUAUGAGCUGAGAGUGGACAUGGAGGACUUCAAUGGAGCUACGGUUUCUGCCAGCUAUGACUCCUUUGCCAUCUCACCUGAUGCACUCAAUGGUGAAGAAGAUGGAUACACGCUUCAUAUCAGCGGCUUCAGAAACGGGGGAGCAGGAGAUUCCCUUUCUCAUCACAAUGGGCAAAAGUUCUCUACAUUCGAUAAGGACCAAGAUGUAUCAACAGAGAACUGUGCAUUGAUCCGUUUGGGUGGAUUUUGGUAUUUCGACUGUAUUCGCACCAACCCAAAUGGCGUAUACAUGCAGGGAGCAGAUGAUGUAAAAAGUGCCUGCUGGUACGACUGGAAGGAAAGCCACUUAUCCCUGAAAUCAAUCUCUAUGAAAAUAAGACCAGUGUCCCUGAGCGAUGUAUAGCAUGAUAAAAAAUCCAUUGCUUUGUAUAUACUACUUCAGUGCAUGUUUUUACCUGGCAUUGCAUAGGAACAUGUUGAUGUAAAGUAUAAACUCUCUCCAAAUAAAAAUGUAUUUCACAUUGUCUUGUAUCAUUGUGUGGAAAUACAACAUUAAUCCAAAAUGGUAAUGCAGCAGUCUCAUUUUGUUUUACUGAACCUUUUUAAGCCCACUGUGAAGAUACAUGGGAAUAAAUGAAUGAAUGAAUUUAUACAUCUCAUCCCACCUCUUUCAGUCAGUCAAUAAGAUGUUAUGAUCAGGGAAUCUUGGAUGAAAUGGGAUCCCCAAAAGGAGCUAAAUAAAGCUGAUAAGAAGGGGAACACACACAUGCACACAACAAUGUACAAGCACACACAGCUGUACAUGUUGGGGGAUUUAAAGACAGUAAUAAAAACAUACUGUUUGCUACGGUGUUGUACAAGGGCCUCUAAAAGUUGAUGGGAGACUCCAGGGGAGUGAAAACAUUCCAUUCCUUUCUGUUC